ACCAAUAAGGAUGUAGCCUGGCCACUGAAUAUGAUGCAGUUUGUGUGACUGUAGUGUAACACGCCCAUUCCUGUGUUGGUAGCACUGGUGAGAGUCAGGCGUGCCAGGACAUCAGUUCGUAUCCCGGUAAACAAUGGCAAUGGACAGUCUUAGUUCUGCCAACACUCAGUUCUGCUUGGAUCUCUUCAGGAAACUCAACGAGGUUAACCCGGGCGGUAAUGUCUUCAUCUCGCCGUUGAGCAUCACGGCAGCCCUGGCUAUGGUGUACCUGGGGGCCAAAGGCCAGACUGCAACUCAGAUGGCAAAGGUAGCUUGUAAGAUCAUGGGGGGGUUAUCCUUCUCCACAAAGCUGUGUGUUCUGCCUGAAGACAUCAGUGACGGCUCCACAGGGCUGGAGAAGCUUGAGAAGGAAUUGACGUUGGAGAAGAUGCAGGAGUGGACGAAGAGGGAGAACAUGGACACGGGCACUGAUAUAUUGGUCCACCUUCCCAAGUUCAAGCUGCAGGAUGACUACGAGCUGAGCUCGGCCCUGGCGGGUCUGGGCAUGGUGGAUGUGUUUGACAGCAGCGGAGCUGACUUGUCGGGGAUGAACGGCGGCCCUGGACUGUCCCUGUCCGCAGUGGUCCACAAGUCCUUCAUUGAGGUGAAUGAGGAAGGCACUGAGGCGGCAGCCGCGACAGCGGGCAUAGUUGCGUUCUGCAUGUUGCGUGAGGAGCGCUUCACGGCUGAUCACCCUUUCCUCUUCUUCAUUAGGCACAACAAGUCCAACAGCAUUCUCUUUUUUGGCAGGUUUUCCUCUCCGUGAUUGACUUAUCAGAGAAAGUCAAGCCUUAAUUCUCUUACUUCCUGCAACUUAACUGUAAAUG